CAGGGCGGCCCCGCACGCGCGGCAGCAUGUCGGAGAAGAUGUCCAGCUUCCUCUACAUCGGGGACAUCGUGUCCCUGUACGCCGAGGGCGCGGUGAACGGCUUCAUCAGCACGCUGGGGUUGGUGGAUGACCGGUGUGUGGUGCACCCUGAGGCAGGGGAUCUUGCUAACCCCCCCAAGAAGUUCAGAGACUGCCUCUUCAAGGUGUGCCCUAUGAACCGAUAUUCUGCCCAGAAACAGUACUGGAAAGCGAAGCAAGCCAAACAGGGAAACCACACUGAGGCGGCCUUGCUGAAGAAAUUACAGCAUGCUGCGGAACUGGAACAAAAGCAGAAUGAAUCAGAGAAUAAGAAAUUGCUGGGCGAAAUUGUGAAAUACAGUAACGUCAUACAACUGCUGCAUAUCAAAAGUAACAAGUACCUGACAGUCAACAAGAGAUUGCCUGCUUUGCUGGAGAAGAAUGCCAUGCGAGUCUCCUUAGAUGCUGCUGGCAAUGAGGGCUCUUGGUUUUACAUUCACCCCUUCUGGAAGCUGAGGAGCGAAGGUGACAAUAUUGUUGUUGGAGACAAAGUUGUUCUGAUGCCUGUGAAUGCUGGGCAGCCGCUGCAUGCCAGCAACAUAGAACUUCUGGAUAAUCCAGGGUGCAAAGAGGUGAAUGCUGUCAAUUGCAACACUAGCUGGAAAAUCACUUUGUUCAUGAAGUUUAGUUCAUAUCGAGAGGAUGUGCUGAAAGGAGGAGAUGUUGUUCGAUUGUUUCAUGCGGAGCAAGAGAAGUUUCUGACCUGUGAUGAGUAUGAGAAAAAACAGCACAUCUUUCUUCGCACGACCCUGCGGCAGUCGGCCACUUCUGCAACGAGUUCAAAGGCACUCUGGGAAAUUGAGGUGGUCCAUCAUGACCCGUGCCGUGGAGGUGCUGGACAGUGGAACAGCUUGUUCAGAUUCAAACAUCUUGCAACUGGGAACUAUUUAGCUGCUGAGCUUAACCCUGAUUAUCGAGAUGCUCAAAAUGAAGGGAAGAAUGUGAGAGAUGGAGAACUGCCAGCUUCAAAGAAGAAACGCCAGACGGGUGAGAAAAUCAUGUACACUUUGGUGUCAGUCCCACAUGGAAAUGACAUUGCAUCUCUUUUUGAAUUGGAUGCUACGACUCUUCAGAGAGCUGAUUGCUUGGUUCCAAGGAAUUCAUAUGUUCGAUUAAGACAUUUAUGUACCAACACAUGGGUCACCAGUACUAGCAUCCCCAUAGACACAGAUGAAGAGAGGCCUGUAAUGCUGAAGAUUGGAACUUGCCAAACAAAAGAGGACAAGGAAGCCUUUGCCAUUGUGUCUGUCCCACUGUCUGAGGUUCGAGACUUGGAUUUUGCCAAUGAUGCCAAUAAAGUGCUGGCAACAACCGUGAAGAAGCUAGAGAAUGGCACAAUAACUCAGAAUGAAAGGAGGUUUGUUACCAAAUUAUUGGAAGACCUCAUCUUCUUUGUUGCUGAUGUACUGAAUAAUGGGCAAGAAGUUCUAGAUGUGGUUAUCACUAAACCAAACCGAGAACGUCAGAAAUUAAUGCGGGAACAAAACAUACUGGCCCAGGUCUUUGGGAUUCUGAAAGCACCCUUUAAAGAGAAAGCAGGAGAAGGUUCUAUGCUGAGACUUGAGGAUCUGGGGGACCAGAGAUAUGCUCCCUACAAGUACAUGCUACGACUGUGCUACCGAGUGCUGCGCCAUUCCCAACGGGACUACCGCAAGAACCAGGAAUACAUCGCAAAGAACUUUUGUGUCAUGCAGUCCCAGAUUGGCUAUGAUAUUCUGGCAGAAGAUACCAUCACAGCUUUGUUGCAUAACAAUAGAAAACUCCUAGAGAAACACAUUACUGCGAAGGAAAUAGAAACAUUUGUCAGUUUACUCCGGAGAAAUCGUGAGCCAAGGUUUUUGGAUUAUUUAUCAGAUCUUUGUGUGUCUAACACCACAGCUAUACCAGUCACCCAAGAACUCAUCUGUAAAUUUAUGCUGAGCCCAGGGAAUGCUGACAUACUCAUUCAGACCAAGCUGGUCUCAAUGCAAAUAGACAACCCUAUGGAGAGCUCCAUCCUGCCUGAUGACACAGAUGAGGAGGAAGUCUGGCUGUACUGGAUUGACAGCAACAAGGAACCUCAUGGCAAGGCCAUCAGGCACCUUGCCCAGGAAGCCAAAGAAGGCACCAAGGCAGACCUAGAAGUGCUCACCUACUACAGGUACCAGCUGAACCUGUUUGCACGGAUGUGCCUGGACCGCCAGUACCUGGCCAUCAACCAGAUCUCCACGCAGCUAUCUGUGGACCUCAUCCUGCGCUGUAUGUCGGACGAGAGCCUGCCCUUCGACCUACGCGCCUCCUUCUGCCGCCUCAUGCUGCACAUGCAUGUGGACCGGGACCCCCAGGAGUCCGUGGUGCCUGUUCGCUAUGCCCGGCUCUGGACCGAGAUCCCCACAAAGAUCACCAUUCACGAAUACGAUUCUAUAACAGACUCUUCCAGAAAUGACAUGAAGAGGAAAUUUGCACUGACAAUGGAAUUUGUCGAAGAGUACUUGAAGGAAGUUGUAAACCAGCCCUUUCCUUUUGGUGACAAAGAGAAGAAUAAACUGACAUUUGAGGUCGUCCACUUGGCUCGGAACCUUAUAUACUUUGGCUUUUACAGCUUCAGUGAGUUGUUGAGACUGACAAGGACACUUCUGGCCAUCCUUGAUAUUGUGCAGGUCCCCAUGUCAUCAUAUUUGGAGAGAUUAAACAAAUUUCAAGAUGGAGGAAACAAUGUCAUGAGGACCAUCCAUGAGGUGGGCGAGAUGAUGACACAGAUGGUGCUUAGCCGUGGCUCCAUCUUCCCUGUGAGCAUCCCGGACGUGCCACCCAGUGCCCUCCCCUGCAAGCAGGGCAGUGCUGUCGAGCAGGAGGAUGUGACAGUGAUGGACACUAAGCUGAAGAUCAUUGAGAUCUUACAGUUCAUCUUGAGCGUCAGACUCGACUACAGGAUCUCAUAUAUGCUGUCCAUAUACAAGAAGGAGUUCGGAGAGAGCAGCGAAAAUGCUGAUGCCUCCCCUGGCAACUCCCCAGAAACGCUGCUCCCCUCAGCGGUGGUUCCAAAUAUAGAUGAGAUUGCAGCCCAGGCGGAAACCAUGUUUGCUGGGAGAAAGGAGAAGACUCCUGUCCAGCUUGAUGAUGAAGGCGGCCGAACUUUUCUGAGGGUCCUCAUCCACCUGAUCAUGCACGACUACCCGCCUCUUCUCUCAGGGGCUCUGCAGCUGCUCUUCAAGCACUUCAGCCAGAGGGCAGAAGUCUUACAGGCCUUUAAACAGGUGCAACUAUUGGUGUCCAAUCAAGAUGUGGAUAACUACAAGCAGAUCAAGGCUGAUCUAGACCAGCUCCGACUUACUGUGGAGAAAUCCGAGCUGUGGGUGGAGAAGAGUAGUAGCUACGAGAGUGGAGAGUUGGGCGAGAACCACGUGAAAGUUGGCGACGAGCCCAUUGAGGAAAACAUCAUCUUAAGCCCAGUGCAGGAUGGGACUAAGAAGCCCCAGAUUGACAGUAACAAGAGCAACAACUACCGGAUCGUGAAGGAGAUUCUGAUUCGGCUGAGCAAACUCUGGGUGCAGAACAAGAAGAGCCGGAGCCAGCACCAACGCCUACUGAAGAACAUGGGUGCCCACUCGGUGGUGCUGGACCUUCUUCAGAUUCCUUAUGAGAAGACUGAUGAGAAGAUGAAUGAAAUCAUGAAUCUGGCCCAUACGUUUCUGCAGAAUUUCUGCCGGGGGAACCCCCAGAAUCAAGUUCUUCUCCAUAAACAUCUGAAUCUGUUUCUGACACCUGGCCUCCUGGAGGCAGAGACCAUGCGGCACAUCUUUAUGAACAAUUACCUCUUGUGCAGUGAGCUCAGCGAGCGGGUGGUCCAGCACUUUGUACACUGUGUGGAGACACAUGGCCGCCACGUCCAGUACCUACGCUUCCUGCAGACUGUGGUGAAGGCAGAUGGGAAGUAUGUGAAGAAAUGCCAGGAUAUGGUGAUGACAGAGUUGAUAAACGGUGGUGAGGAUGUGCUGAUCUUUUACAAUGACAGAGCAUCAUUUCCUGUUCUUCUCCGUAUGAUGUGCUCAGAGAGAGACCGAGGGGAUGAGAACAGCCCCCUGGCCUACCACAUAACCCUUGUGGAGUUACUAGCAGCAUGCACAGAGGGCAAAAAUGUCUACACUGAGAUCAAGUGCAACUCCCUUCUGCCCCUGGAUGACAUAGUAAGGGUGGUGACGCAUGAUGACUGCAUCCCUGAGGUUAAAAUUGCUUAUGUGAAUUUUGUCAAUCACUGUUACGUGGACACCGAAGUGGAAAUGAAAGAAAUCUACACGAGUAACCACAUUUGGAAAUUAUUUGAGAACUUCCUCGUGGAUAUGGCACGGGUGUGCAACACUACCACUGACAGGAAGCAUGCAGACACCUUCCUGGAGAAGUGCGUCACCGAGUCCAUCAUGAGCAUUGUGAGUGGCUUCUUCAACUCGCCCUUUUCAGACAACAGCACCAGUCUCCAGACCCACCAGCCUGUCUUCACUCAGCUGCUGCAGUCUGCCUUCCGUGUGUACAACUGUAGUUGGCCCAGCCCAGCACAGAAGGCCUCAGUGGAGUCCUGUGUCCGAACCCUUGCUGAAGUGGCAAAGAAUCGUGGAAUUGCUAUACCAGUGGAUUUGGACAGCCAAGUGAAUACUCUCUUCAUGAAAAGUCACUCAAACAUGGUUCAGAGAGCAGCCAUGGGUUGGAGACUGUCUGCUCGCUCGGGACCACGCUUCAAGGAAGCUCUUGGUGGACCUGCAUGGGAUUACAGGAAUAUCAUUGAAAAGUUGCAGGAUGUGGUGACCUCCUUGGAACAGCAGCUGAGUCCAAUGAUGCAGGCAGAGUUCUCAGUGCUUGUGGAUGUGCUCUACAGCCCUGAGCUGCUCUUCCCCGAGGGCAGCGAUGCCCGAAUUCGGUGUGGUGCCUUCAUGUCUAAGUUGAUUAAUCAUACAAAGAAACUAAUGGAAAAGGAAGAAAAAUUGUGCAUCAAAAUUCUUCAAACUUUACGAGAAAUGUUAGAGAAGAAGGACAGCUUUGUGGAAGAGGGAACCACAUUAAGAAAAAUACUCCUGACCCGAUAUUUUAAAGGUGAUCAUGGGGUUGGGACCAGCAGUCACCUCUCGGGAACGUACAGCAAGUCUGUGCCUGGGGGAGGAAGCUUUUCUGGACCAGACUCGGACAAGGCGGGCACAUCCAUGACGGAUGUCCAGUGUCUGCUGGACAAAGAAGGGGCCUCUGAGCUGGUCAUCGAUGUCAUCGUGAGCACGAAGAACGACCGCAUCUUCUCAGAGGGCAUCCUUCUGGGAAUUGCUCUGCUGGAAGGCGGGAACACGCAGAUCCAGUAUUCUUUCUACCAGCAGCUACAUGAACAAAAAAAGUCAGAAAAAUUCUUCAAAGUUCUCUAUGACCGAAUGAAAGCUGCUCAGAAGGAGAUACGAUCAACAGUGACAGUGAGCACUGUAGACUUGGGGAACAAGAAGUCAGAGGAUGACAAUGAACGGCUGUUGUUGGGCUCACGCACAACAGGAAGAGACUCCUCGCUGCACCUGAAGGAAGGCAUGAAGGGGCAGCUGACGGAGGCAUCCUCUGCCACCUCCAAAGCCUACUGCAUGUACCGAAGGGAGGUGGACCCUGAACUGGACCUUGUGUGUGCUGGCUCCGACGGGGGCAAUGCUGAGGAGAAGUCAGCAGAGGAGGCAAGCAUGAGCCCUGCCAUCGCCAUCAUGCGGCCCAUCCUGCGCUUCCUGCAGCUGCUUUGCGAGAACCACAACCGGGAGCUACAGAACUUUUUGAGGAAUCAGAACAACAAAACCAAUUACAAUCUUGUGUGUGAGACACUACAGUUCCUUGACUGCAUCUGUGGAAGCACAACAGGUGGCUUGGGGCUCCUGGGUCUCUACAUCAAUGAGAAAAAUGUCGCGCUGGUCAACCAGACCUUGGAGAGCUUGACUGAGUAUUGCCAAGGCCCAUGCCAUGAGAACCAGACUUGUAUUGCAACUCAUGAAUCUAAUGGAAUUGAUAUCAUCAUUGCUUUGAUUCUUAAUGACAUAAAUCCUCUUGGUAAAUACCGAAUGGACCUGGUGCUCCAACUAAAGAACAAUGCCUCCAAGCUUCUGCUGGCCAUCAUGGAGAGCAGGCACGACAGUGAGAAUGCAGAAAGAAUCCUUUUCAACAUGAGACCCCGGGAACUGGUGGAUGUAAUGAAGAAUGCCUACAACCAGGGCCUGGAGUGUGACCAUGGGGAUGAGGAAGGCAGAGAGGAUGCAGUCUCUCCCAAAGAUGUUGGACACAACAUGUACAUCCUGGCUCACCAGCUCGCCCGCCACAACAAGCUUUUACAGCAGAUGCUGAAGCCAGGAUCGGAUGCAGAUGAUGGGGACGAGGCUCUGCGACAUUAUGCCAACCAUACAGCCCAGAUUGAGAUUGUCCGGCAUGACAGGACCAUGGAACAGAUCGUGUUUCCUGUCCCCAGUAUCUGCGAGUACCUGACUCGAGAGUCCAAGUGCCGGGUGCUGACCACAACCGAGCGGGAUGAGCAGGGCAGUAAAGUGAAUGAUUUCUUCCAACAGACCGAAGAUCUCCACAAUGAAAUGAAGUGGCAAAAGAAAAUUAGGAAUAACCACGCACUAUUCUGGUUCUCAAGACACAUCUCACUCUGGGGGAGCAUCUCUUUCAACCUGGCUGUGUUCAUCAACCUGGCAGUCGCACUCUUCUACCCAUUUGGGGAUGAUGGAGAUGAAGGUACACUUUCUCCGUUGUUCUCAGUUCUUCUUUGGAUAGCAGUUGCAGUCUGUACCUCUGUGCUAUUUUUCUUCUCCAAGCCUGUGGGGAUCCGGCCCUUCCUUGUGUCUGUAAUGCUCAGAUCAAUAUAUACCAUAGGCCUUGGGCCUACAUUAAUACUUCUUGGCGCUGCAAAUCUCUGUAAUAAAAUCGUAUUUCUGGUGAGUUUUGUUGGGAACCGAGGUACAUUCACUCGCGGCUACAGAGCGGUCAUCCUGGAUAUGGCAUUUCUCUACCAUGUGACCUACGUCCUGGUCUGCACACUGGGCCUCUUUGUCCAUGAGUUCUUCUAUAGCUUCCUGCUCUUUGACCUGGUGUACAGAGAAGAGACGUUACUCAAUGUCAUCAAGAGUGUGACUCGCAAUGGCCGCUCCAUCAUACUCACGGCAGUGCUGGCACUCAUCCUGGUCUACCUCUUCUCUAUUGUCGGCUUCCUCUUCCUGAAGGAUGACUUCACCAUGGAAGUGGACCGACUAAAGAACAGGACCCCUACAGCAGGUGGCGGCCGAGUCCCGACCAUGACCUUGUCUUCGCUGGAAGGCACCUGCAUGAAAGAGAAUUGUUCCCCAACCAUCCCAGCGAGUCCAGCUGAUGAAGAGCCUGAAGAUGGUGUGGAGAGGACAUGUGAUACCCUGCUCAUGUGUAUCGUCACCGUGCUGAACCAGGGCCUCAGGAAUGGUGGCGGUGUGGGAGAUGUGCUCAGACGGCCUUCCAAAGACGAGCCUCUGUUUGCUGCCCGAGUGGUAUAUGACCUCCUCUUCUACUUCAUCGUCAUCAUCAUCGUCCUCAACUUGAUUUUCGGCGUGAUCAUUGACACCUUUGCUGAUCUCAGAAGUGAAAAACAGAAGAAAGAGGAAAUUCUCAAGACCACUUGCUUCAUCUGUGGACUCGAGAGGGACAAGUUUGAUAACAAAACAGUUUCGUUUGAAGAGCACAUCAAAUCAGAGCACAAUAUGUGGCAUUACCUGUACUUCUUAGUCCUGGUGAAGGUGAAGGACCCCACAGAGUACACGGGACCUGAGAGCUAUGUGGCGCAGAUGAUUGUGGAGAAGAACUUGGACUGGUUUCCUCGGAUGAGAGCCAUGUCCCUGGUGAGCGGCGAGGGAGACAGUGAGCAGAACGAGAUUCGGAGCCUACAGGAGAAGCUUGAGUGUACCAUGAGCCUCGUGAAACAGCUGUCCGGGCAGCUGGCAGAGCUGAAGGAGCAGAUGACAGAACAAAGGAAGAAUAAGCAGCGGCUGGGCUUUCUGGGAUCCAACCCACACCAUGUGAACCAUCACGUGCCACCGCCACACUGAGCCCGGAGCAGUGACCGCCCGCCCGCCCCGAAUGCAGAGCGGAGCCCGAGUGAACAGUGCCUAUUGUUGAAAACUUCAAAACAACUGAGCGCCAAGGCGUCGGGUGCCUGAGCUCGGAGGGAACAAUUUCCAACUGUUUUUCCCCGGCCCAGAAGCCCCAGUUUGAAAUGCAGCAACUGAGAAGCACAUGUCCAGCCUUUCCAAGAAUGCAGGAAGGCCCCAGCUGGAAAGGGCUGGAAGGACCAGCAGGAA